CCCUGCUCUUCUUCAUCGUUUCAUCAUCACCAUCAUCACACACACUCGCCAAAAAUUCACACACACAAACCAUAGAAACCAACACAGGAGAUGCAAAUUGAAAGGCAGCAGCCAUGAAUAUGCAAGGUCUUCAUCAUCAACAACAACAACUAGCUGCUCUACUCUCCGUCGCCUUACCAAAAGACAAAGAAACUUCUUCAUCUUCAUCUUCUUCAUCAUCAAAACCUAACAAUCCAUCUGAAACCCUAGACGACGACACUUCUCGAUUAACCGCCAUUAAUUCGCUUCACCGCGCCAUUGUUUACCCUCACAACUCGCUUCUCGUCGCUCACUCCGCUUCGUUUCUCGCCCAGGGGUUCUCGCAACUCGUUGCGGACAAAUCAUAUUCAGUACGCCAAGCUGCCGCCACAGCCUACGGUGCCUUGUGUGCCGUCUUAUGUUCACUCCCUAACGGAAGGCAGAACCAUGUUAUACUUGGAAAUUUGGUCGAUAGAUUUAUUAGUUGGGCAUUGCCAUUGUUUAGCAACGUAAAUGCCGGUAACGGGACCGUAGAAUUUGCAGCAGAAGCUCUCCACGAGUUUCUCAGUGUCGGAGAUAUCGCAGCUACCGAGAGAUACGCAUUACCCAUUCUUAAAGCAUGUCAAGAGCUUCUAGAAGACGAGAGAACCUCGUUAAGCUUACUACACCGGAUUUUGACCAUUUUGACUUUAAUUUCGUUAAAGUUCUUUGCCUGCUUCCAGGCCCAUUAUGUUGACGUAGUUGAUUUGCUUCUCGGGUGGGCAAUGAUACCCGAUCUUGCUGAAGCCGAUAGGAGUGUUAUUAUGAAUAGUUUUUUGCAAUUUCAGAAACACUGGGUUAAUAGUUUACAGUUCUCGUUAGGGUUGCUUUCGAAGUUUUUGGGUGACAUGGAUGUACUGCUUCAGGAUGGAAGCCUGGGGACCCCACAACAGCGUCAAAGAUUGCUUGUAUUAUUAUCUUGUUUUUCUACGGUUUUGCAGUCUACAGCUUCUGGGUUGCUAGAGAUAAACUUACUCGAAGAAAUUAAAGACCCUCUUACGAAAAUGCUUCCUCAAUUAUUGGGAUGUUUGUCAAUGGUCGGAAAGAAAUACGGUUGGUCAAAAUGGAUUGUCGAUUCCUGGAAAUGUUUGACUCUCUUAGCUGAAAUUUUGAGCGAGCGGUUUUCGCCUUUUUACAGUUUUGCCGUUGAUAUCCUGUUUCAAAGCUUGGAUAUGAAGAAAGCCGCUACAAGUGUUCGCAGCUCAAACACUGAGAAACUUACGUCUUUUCAGGUUCAUGGAGUUCUCAAAACCAAUCUUCAGUUAUUAUCACUUCAGAAGCUUGGUCUUCUAUCUUCAUCUGUACAUAAACUAUUACAGUUUGAUUCACCUGUAUCCCAGCUUCGUUUGCAUCCGAAUCACCUGGUGACUGCAAGUUCUGCUGCAACUUACGUCUUUUUACUUCAGCAUGGAAACAAUGACGUUGUCGAAUCUGCGAUAGCUUCAUUACUUGAAGAACUAAACAUAUUAAAGAGCAUGCUUGGAAAUGUAAAUCAGUUUGCCCCUAACGUAAUUUCGAAAACCGAGCUGUUUGCGCUCUUUAAGUUUGAUAUGAAAGUUCUCCUGAGCUGUGUUUCUUUAGGUGGCGGUAACACUUUAAUUGGCAAAGCGGAAAUCGACUCGUUAUAUGUUACUAGAUCAGAGAAAAUGAAAUAUCAUCUUAUUCAGAAUCUGAAUCCUUUCGAACCACCUAUUCAGGCAUACGUGGAGUUGCAAGUAAGUAUUUUCAAGAUGUUGAAUAGGCUGAGUACAGUCGAAUUUCUUAGCAAGUUCUCAAUUCGGAAAAACAAAAACGAAAAUGAAAACAUUACAGUUGGUGAUCUCAGGAAGUACACUGUGCUACUCACACAAGCUCUUCAUAUUUCCUCUCCUUUGGCAGUUAAACUAGAAGCGUUACAAUGGAUACAUACGUAUUGUGAGACAGUUAAGCAUACGUAUGACAAUUCAAAGGAUCAAGAAAUUCAAGACGAUGGCUAUUAUGAGUUUUUUAGUGAGAUAGUUUUCAUUGUUCUUGAUGCUGCAUCUGACCGGGAGUCAAAGGUGAGGUGUCAGGUUGCGUCGGUAUUGGAAAUGUUCCUGCACACGAAACUUAUACACGCGUCGCAGUUGUAUUCUGUAACCGAAGUUAUUCUUGAAAAGCUUGGUGAUCCAGAUGACGAUAUCAAAGAAUUAUAUCUGAAAUUGCUUUCUCAUGCAUUACCUAUCACAAUACUUACAUGUGGCAUGCAUUACAAUCGAUCAGUUACAGUUACCGAGUAUAGGCCAAUCACGCAGUGGAAGAAAGUUUUUGCCCUAAAGCAACUGCCACAGCAGCUUCACUCAAAGCAGUUAGUUUCAAUUCUAAGUUACAUUUCACAAAGAUGGAAGGUGCCACUUUCUUCUUGGAUUCAACGGCUUGUUCAUACAUGUAAAAAUGCGAAGGAUCUCACGUUGGCCCAACAGGAAGACACGAUAAACUUGCAUGCAACAAGUUUAUGGUUGGACAUGAAUGUUGACGAAAAUCUUCUUGAAAGAAUAUGUUCUGUAAAUCUUCUUGCUGGAGCGUGGUGGGCCAUACAUGAAGCGGCUAGAUACUGUAUUACUACGCGUCUUCGGACCAAUCUUGGUGGGCCCUCACAAACUUUUGCUGCUUUGGAGCGAAUGCUUUUGGAUGUCGCAAAUGUGUUACAGGUUAAUUCUGACCAAAGUGAUGCGAACUUAAAUAUUUUAGGUAAUUCGUCUUACACACAUUUGUUACCGUUGAGAUUAUUGCUUGAUUUUGUUGAGUCACUGAAGAAAAACGUGUACAAUGCUUACGAUGGAUCAACUGUUUUACCAUCUCCAUCGCGUCAGAGUUUGGUUUUUUUCAGAGCAAAUAAAAAAGUUUGUGAAGAAUGGUUUUCUCGAAUAUGUGAGCCAAUGAUGAACGCAGGAAGGGCGUUACAAUGUCACGAUGCUACAAUUCAUUAUUGUAGUUUGCGUUUGCAAGAACUUAAAAGUUUAGUGGCUUCAUCUAUGAUGGAAAAAUCGAGAACCCAAGUCAUAGAAAACCUUCAUAACAUGAAAUCUCGGUUUUCUGGAGAUAUUUUACGAGUCCUACGGCAUAUGACAUUGUCUUUGUGUAAGAAUCAUGAGCCCGAGGCUUUAGUCGGGUUUCAAAAAUGGGUAUCGGGUGCGUUUUUUCCUUUAUUCGUGGAAGAAAACCAAAGUACGAAUAAUGAUGAUAGAUUUGGACCUUUGUCUUGGAUUAACGGGCUUGUUUAUCAAGCACAAGGUCAGUACGAAAAGGCUGCUGCUCAUUUCACGCAUUUAUUACAAACCGAAGAAUCACUUGGUUCUAUGGGAUCUGAAGGCGUACAGUUUGCUAUAGAUCGUAUAAUCGAAAGUUACAGUGCGGUUUCCGAUUGGAAAUCUCUUGAAUCUUGGCUAUCAGAGUUGCAACUGCUUCGUGCUAAGCAUGCUGGUAAAAGUUACGCUGGUGCUUUAACAAUGGCGGGAAAUGAAUUAAACGUGAUUCACGCUUUAGCUCAUUUUGACGACGGUGAUUACACGUCAGCAUGGGCUUGUCUCGAUUUGACACCUAAAAGUAGCAAUGAACUUGCGUUAGAUCCCAAAGUAGCUUUGCAAAGAAGUGAGCAGAUGCUUUUACAAGCAAUGCUUUUUAAUAUCGAAGGGAAGGUGGAAAAGGUGCAACAUGAACUACAAAAGGCGAAGUUGAUGUUAAACGAGACAAUUACGAUUUUGCCACUUGACGGGUUGACAGAAGCAGCAGAACACGUUAACCAGUUGCAUUGCAUAUCUGCAUUUGAAGAAAGUUGCAAGAUUUCAGGUACCCACGAUGUAAAAGUAAAACUUCCAUUGUUGUUAAGCUCGUACGUUCAAGAAUUGCGGUUCCCGAGCCAUCAUGUUCAUCAAGAUUGUAAGCCAUGGAUGAAAGUUCUUCGCGUUUAUCGAACCAUUCAUCCUACCUCUCCGGUGACUAUAUCACUCAGUCUGAGUUUACUGAAAUUAGCUCGAAAACAAAAGAACUUAAUGUUGGCAAAUCAUCUCAAUAACUAUUUGAGCAAGUGUCAUUUAGGGUCUUCCGAAGAAAGCUUUCAUAAAUUAGUCUUCCCACGUGUGCAAUACGAAAGCAUUCUCUUGUUGCGAGCUGAAAACAGGCUUGAAGAGGCUUACACAGGUCUAUGGUCGUUUAUUAGUCCUUCCCUGGGCCCCACCUCAUCUGUUGAUUCUAAUGAUGGUUUAAAGGCAAAAGCAUGCUUAAAACUUUCCAGUUGGUUAAAAAGGGACCGUAUGGAUGUCAAUUUGGAGAAUAUUGUGUUCAAGAUACGAUCGGAACUCAGCACAAGUGACGAUAAUACGAACUCUCAAUUGAGGACGGAUCUUAUCGUUGAAGAAAUUGUAGGUACAACUACUAAGCUUUCUUCAUGCUUAUGUCCCGCUAUGGGGAAGUCGUGGAUUUCUUAUGCUUCUUGGUGUUAUGAUCAAGCGAAGGCAACUUUACCUACUCCAAACGAAUCCGCCCUUCAGUCUUGCUCGUUUUCUCCGAUUCUCGGUUCAGAAAUUCUGCCAAACAGAUUCCAGUUUACUGAAGAAGAACUCUCAAGAGUUAAAAUUUCCGUUUUAGAGCUUCUUCACAAAGCAAGAGAUGUUAAAGAUUCAAACGAUGAAAACUACGAACAUGCUGUGGUUGAGCAAGUGGUGAAAGUACUAGAAGCUGCAGCUGGAGAAUCUGGAGCUGAAAGUGUUAGUUGUGAAAGCCUUUCUGCUGUUGUUACCUCCCAGUUGCAAAAAUUCUUUCAUUUUGCAAAUGUUAGUGUUGAAGGAGCUAACGUAUUACUGUUUAAUGAUUUGAUUGACGUUUGGUGGUCUUUGAGAAAACGAAGGGUAUCUCUAUUCGGGCAUGCAGCUGAAGCUUAUAUAAAUUACUUGUCACAUUCAUCUUCCAAGCUCUGGGGUAGUCAAACUGCCGGUGCUGUUGAAGUCAAAGGUCAAAAGAAUGCUAGUUUUACCUUGAAAGCUACACUAUACGUUUUGCAUAUUCUUCUUAAUUAUGGAGUAGAGUUAAAAGCUAUUUUGGAACCUGCACUUUCAACAGUUCCUUUGUUGCCAUGGCAGGAAGUGACUCCACAAAUAUUUGCACGAUUAAGCUCUCAUCCUGAAGAAGAUGUUCGGAAGCAGCUUGAGAGCAUUCUGGUAAUGCUGGCAAAGCAAUCUCCAUGGUCCAUAAUUUAUCCAACCCUUGUUGAUAUUAACACAAGUGAAGAGGAUCCUUCAGAGGAGCUUCAACGUAUAUUGGCAUGUUUGAACAAACAAUAUCCAAGGUUAGUCCAGGACGUUCAGCUCAUGAUUAAAGAGUUAGAAAAUGUAACUGUUCUUUGGGAUGAAUUGUGGCUCAGCACAUUGCAAGAUCUACACUCAGAUGUAAUGGGACGCAUAAAUUUACUAAAAGAGGAGGCAUCACGGAUUGCAGAGAAUGCAACUCUUAGCCACACUGAAAAAAACAAGAUAAACGCAGCAAAAUACUCUGCUAUGAUGGCACCCAUUGUAGUAACCCUGGACCGUCGUUUAGCUUCCACCUCUCGGAAACCCGAAACACCUCACGAGAUCUGGUUCCAUAACGAGUAUAUGCCACAGAUCAAAUCAGCCAUUUCAAACUUCAAAACUCCAGCAUCUGCCGCUGGACUAGCGGACGUUUGGAAACCGUUUGAUACCAUCGUUGCAUCUUUAGCAUCUUAUCGAAAAAAAUCCUCAAUGUCAUUAGGGGACGUUGCUCCUCAACUAGCUCUUUUAUCGUCAUCUGAUGUCCCGAUGCCCGGUCAACGUGGUCUCACAACUAAUCUUCAGGGUAUUAUCACAAUUGUGUCUUUCUCUCAACAAAUAGUUAUCUUGCCAACGAAAACAAAACCAAAAAAACUUGUUAUCGUCGGCUCAGACGGUCAGACUUACCCGUUUUUACUGAAAGGCCGUGAAGACCUACGUCUUGAUGCUAGAGUAAUGCAACUAUUGCAAGCGAUAAACGGUUUUCUACAUUCGUCUCCAAUAUCCAUCCGUCAUUAUUCAGUAACACCUAUCAGUGGUCGGGCCGGUUUAAUUCAGUGGGUGGAAAAUGUUACGAGUAUCUAUAGUGUUUAUAAAUCUUGGCAGACCCGUGUACAGGCUGCACAGCUUUCAGGGGUUGCUUCUGGAAAUACGAAGAAUGCAGCUCAAUCACAUAUACCUCGGCCUACUGAUAUGUUUUAUGGUAAAAUUAUACCAGCACUUAAGGAAAAAGGCAUAAGACGAGUGAUUUCUAGAAAAGACUGGCCUCAGGAUGUAAAACGAAAAGUUCUUUUGGAUCUUAUGCACGAGACUCCUAAACAACUUCUUCAGCAAGAAAUAUGGUGUGCUAGUGAAGGUUUUAAAGCCUUCCGCUCAAAAUUGAAAAGGUAUUCUGGAAGUGUAGCAGCAAUGAGCAUGGUAGGGCACAUAUUAGGUCUCGGGGACCGACAUUUGGAUAAUAUUCUUUUGGACUUCCAUAGUGGCGAUAUCGUCCACAUUGAUUAUAACGUGUGCUUCGACAAAGGACAACGGUUGAAGGUUCCGGAAAUCGUGCCCUUUCGACUGACCCAUACACUUGAAGCAGCUUUAGGACUAAUGGGCACUGAAGGCUCCUUCAGAAAUAAUUGUGAAGCGGUUCUUGGUAUCUUGAAGAAAAAUAAAGAUGUACUUUUAAUGCUAUUAGAGGUUUUCGUUUGGGAUCCUCUUGUCGAGUGGACACGUGGCGAUUUCCAUGAUGAUGCAGCAAUUGUUGGUGAAGAAAGAAAAGGCAUGGAGCUGGCAGUUAGCUUAAGUUUAUUCGCAUCUCGCGUGCAAGAAAUCCGUGUACCUUUACAGGAACAUCAUGAUCUCUUAUUGACUACAUUACCAGCUGUUGAAUCUGCUCUUCAGAGGUUUGCAGAUGUUUUAGGUCAAUACGAGAUUGUAUCUGCUGUCUACAAUCACACAGAUCAAGAACGAUCUAACCUUGUUCUUCGCGAGACAUCAGCUAAAGCAAUUGUUGCCGAAGCAACUAACAAUUCAGAGAAGACCCAUAUCGCAUUCGAGUUACAAGCUCGGGAAUUCGCUCAAACAAAGGCUGCUGUAGCUGAGAAAGCCUUGGAGGCUGCCACCUGGAUCGAACAACACGGCAGGAUUAUCGAUGCUCUAAGAAACAGUUCUAUCCCAGAGAUAAAAUCGCACAUACAGUUAACUGGUAAAGAAAAAUCUCUAUCUCUUACGUCUGCCGUUUUGUCAGCAGGGGUUCCGUUUACAGUUGUUCCAGAGCCUACACAAGUACAAUGUCAUGAUAUAGAUCGGGAAGUUUCGCAGCUAGUUUCCGAUUUGGAUCACGGGCUCACUUCUGCUGUUACCGCGCUCCAUACAUAUUCAUUAGCUUUACAAAGAAUUUUGCCGCUAAAUUACCUUACGACCAGCCCAGUCCACAGUUGGGCCCAAAUUCUGAAACUUUCAGUUAGUUCGGUUUCGUCAGAUGUUUUGUCUCUUACCAGAAGACAAGGUGCUGAACUAGUAGCGAAAGUGCGUGAAGAUGGUUUUGAGACGGUUAAAAUCAUCCAUAAUGAUUUGUGUGUACAAGUUGAGAAAUACGGGGAUGAGAUCGAGAGAGUUGAAAAAGAGUACCAAGAAUUGGUGAAUUCUAUUGGUGCGGAAACCGAGUCCCUACCCAAGGAGCGUCUUAUGGCUACUUUUACGAAUUUCUUGCAGUCAACCGGUCAACCGGCGAAAGAUUCUAGAUUGCAAAGUUUAGUAGGCAUGGCUGUAAGCUCUGUAUAUAAUGACGUUAAGCAUAGGCUCGUUGAGGUAUUGAAUCAGUUAAGUUCGACAAGAGCUAUGAGCAGCUUUCUUCUCAGCGAGCUUGAGGAGAAAAUCGAGAAAUGCGUUCUUGUUGCAGAUUGGGUGAAUGAAGUAAAGCCAGAUGAUUCCUUUGAAACAAACUGGGCCUCGGUUUUCAAAACGUGUGUAGUCUCAUGCAAGAGCUUGGUUGCACAAAUGGUUGAAAACGUUGUACCGAAUGUCGUAAGAUCUGUUAUUUCAUAUGAUUCGGAAAUCAUGGAUACGUUUGGAUCUCUUUCACAAAUCAGGGGUUCAAUCGAUACCGCACUUGAACAGUUAAUUGAGGUUCAGAUAGAGAGAACGUCUUUAGCUGAGCUGGAGCAGAGUUAUUUUGCGAAAGUAGGAUUUAUUACUGAACGACAGCUGGCACUUGAAGAGGCUGCGGUUAAGGGCCGGGAUCAUCUCUCAUGGGAAGAGGCUGAUGAGUUGACGUCUCAAGAAGAAGCGUGUCGGGCCCAACUGGAUGAACUCCAUAAAACAUGGAAUCAGAAGGAUAUUCGAACUAAUUCGUUAAUAAAAAGGGAAGCAAGUAUAAGAAAUGCGUUAAUAUCUGCCGAAAAUCAUUUCCAGUCUUUAAUUGGUCAAGAACAAGCUAAAGAACCGCAGUAUUCACGAACCAAAGCGCUUCUGUUAGCAAUAGUCCAGCCCUUCUUUGAACUGGAAUCAGUUGAUACGACAUUAUUGUCAUACGGUGGAUCGUCAGAUUCUUCAAAUACAGUUACCCAUGUUACAGAUUUGAUUAAUUACGUUAAUGCGAUACCAACAUAUAUUUGGAAAGUCUCGGGCACACUGGAAGAAACACAUUUGUUUUUUAUGUGGAAAGUGGCAGUUAUGGAUUCUUUUCUCGAUUCCUGCAUAUGUGUGGCCGCUUCAUCACGGGAUCAAAAUUUAGGGUUUGACCAGGUUGUAAAUGCUGUUAAGAAAACGCUUUCUAGUCAACUCCAAGAACAUAUCGGUCACUAUCUAAGAGAUAAAGUCGCCCCUCUUCUGUUGACUACGUUGGAUACUGAAACGGAACGUUUAAAACAAAUGACUGGAGCUCCAGAUGACCUUGAUACGGGUGCUGUUGAAAGAGUGAAACUGAUGCUUGAAGAAUACUGCAAUGCACAUGAAACAGUAAGAGCGGGUAUGUCGGCUGCAUUACUCAUGAAACGACAAGUGAAAGAACUUAAAGAGGGCCUGCAUAAGACGUGUUUGGAUAUCAUACAGCUGGAAUGGAUGCAUGAUAUUACAUUAAGCCCGUUGCAUAACUACAGGCUGAUAUGUCACAAGUUCCUUUCAAACGAGGACAACACAAUUCCACUUAUUCUAAACCUUAGCCGGUCUAGAUUGUUGGAAACUAUACAGUCUUCGGUAGCCAAAGUGGUUCGGUCAAUAGAGGGCCUGCAAGCUUGUGAACAAACUUCAGUUACAGCCGAAGGACAGCUGGAGAGAGCCAUGGGUUGGGCUUGUGGUGGGCCCAACACAGGUAUGACGGGGUCCACCUCAGCAAGGGGAUCUGGAAUUCCGCCUGAAUUUCAUGAUCAUUUAGCAAAACGGAGACAGUUGUUAUGGGCUGCUCGUGAGAAAGCAUCUGACAUGAUCAAAAUUUGUAUGUCGAUAUUGGAUUUUGAAACGUCUAGAGAUGGGGUACUUGGGACAGAUGACAGGGCAUGGCAGCAAGCUUACUUUAAUGCAUUAACAAAUUUGGAUGCCACCUAUCAUUCUUUUACACGUACUGAGCAUGAGUGGGAAAUAGCACAGGGUAACAUGGAUGCUGCUUCAAAUGGUUUACUCACAGCAAGCAAUGAACUUCAUGUUGCUUCUGCUAAAGCAAAAGCUGCAUCCGGUGAUUUACAAGACACUUUCGUUGCUAUGAGAGAUUGUGCUUAUGAGGCCAGCAUGGCAUUGUCUGCUUUCGGUUCCAUUACCAGGGGUCACACUGCUUUGACUUCUGAAUGUGGUUCCAUGCUUGAAGAGGUUUUAGCAAUAACAAAAGGUCUACAUGAUGUUCACACACUAGGAAAAGAGGCUUCUGCAUUACACUCUUCUCUAAUGGGAGAUCUUUCAAAGGCGAAUAGCGUUGUUCUUCCACUGGAAUCGGUGUUGUCUAAGGAUGUUGAGGCGAUGACUGAAGCUAUGAACAAGGAAAAAGAGACGAAAAUGGAAAUAUCUCCUAUUCAUGGACAAGCGAUAUAUCAUUCUUACCAUGCAAAAAUCAAGGAGGCUUGUCACGUGAUCAAACCUUUGGUUCCGUCACUUACGUUUUCUGUCAAGGGACUCCAUUCUAUGCUUACAAGGUUGGCACGGACCGCAAAUAUCCAUGCAGGAAAUCUUCACAAGGCUCUUGAAGGACUGGGUGAAAGCCAGGAAAUAAGGUCACAGGAUCUUGUCGGGGAUGACGCCGGAUAUGAUAACAAAGAGAAUGACGUCUUUUCCAGAUCUGAUGGCGAGUAUGAUGAAGAAUUGCCACAGAUGACAGGACUUAAUAUGCAAGAUAAAGGGUGGAUAUCUCCUCCAGAUAGUAUUUAUGAUGACAGCUCAGACUCUGGUGCCACAUCAGCUUUCAAUAGUUUCACUGGCUCAGAAGUAACCGAACCACAUCCAGAUGGAAACGAUUCCAAAGAAAACACAGAUGUAUCCAGUUCUUCACCAUGUGAAGUGGAAUCUGGAGAUAAGGAUGCUAGCGAUCCCAUAGAUGACGUUGCAUCACAUACAAGUUUAUCUGAAAUAAACGUGGGUGUCGAGAAUAUAAAACUCGGUACCCAACGUCAAGAGGAAGACCAUAAAUCACCUACACAUAAUACAGAUGUUGCAGUCCAAGUGAGCAGAGUAAAAAGUAAAAAUGCGUAUGCUGUGUCGGUUCUAAGGCGAGUUGAAAUGAAAAUUGAAGGUAGAGAUAUCACUGAUAAAAGAGAUAUAAGUACUGCAGAGCAAGUUGAUUAUCUACUUAGGCAAGCAACGAGUGUGGAUAACCUCUGCAACAUGUAUGAAGGCUGGACACCCUGGAUUUGAGGCGUCAAAUGGGCUUACUUGUGUUGCAAGUUAUCUGACCCGUAUACUCCAUCUUGUACACCUUUGUUGGUGAUGGUUAUGUGUUGGCAUGUUCUUACUUACAUGUGCCCUAGUUUGAGACUUAAGGAUACUCUAAAACUUGGGGAAUUGGGUAUCAUGGAAACAACAUGCCGUUUAAAACAAGGUGUCCGGGGGGUGGGUUUUUCGGAAGACUCGUUAUGAGCUUAUCUUUUGCAACGAGAUUUCAAAAUGUUGAGGAGAUUCAAAAGCCGUUGCAAGCAAGUUUUGGAGAUUUGAGACUACAAUCUAUCUAUCUGAUCGGAGAUACUAUGUCUUGUUUUGGAAAGCAAGAGAUGUUCUGUCAUCGGCUCACAAUGCAUGUUAAGUUCUGCUUUUGGUAUGACAAAUAACUAGAGUGAGUAUCCUUAUACAAGGCUUAAACCAAAAACAUAGUAUUAGCAGGAAUGAUAGGGAUGGAUGGAUGCCUUUGGUCCUAGGCCUGUUACGAUCCAACUUUUUAUAAUGUGGAAUAUUAUUUUCCCUUCUAAAAAAGAUCUUACUCGUUUGUUAGAAUUUAAAA